AUGACCUUGUUUUUAUUCGAUGCAGCCGCUAGAGUAACCCAUGGUCACGAUUUUACUUGUGAUGAUGAUUUUUAUGACAGAUUAUCUCGACGUUAUUCUGUUAUCCUCCUGGUGAUAUUUACCAUAUUGGUUUCAACAAAACAGUAUGUUGGUGAGCCAAUUGCAUGUUUUUGUCCCGCUCAUUUUACGGGUACUCAUGUUGAAUAUGCAAAUAAUAUUUGCUGGAUUUCAAACACGUAUUUUGUUCCAUUUGAACGUAUAUUACCAAAAUAUCCUCAGGCAGAUACUGAACAUUAUAUUUAUUUCUAUCAAUAUGUACCAUUUAUUCUCAUGGGUCAAGCUCUAUUGUUCUAUUUUCCCUCUCUCGUUUGGUCAUCAUUGAAUAGUAAAAGUGGUUAUGAUAUUGGAAUGUUAGUAACACAAUCUCGACACAUCGAUACAUAUACAUCCGAUAUUCGAGAAAAAUCAAUUCGUCAUCUAGCAAAAUAUAUUGAUCGUGUAUUAGAAUAUCAAAAACAAAAACAUCUUGAAUAUAUUGAAACAUUUAAAGGAUUAAAAUUAAAAAAAUUUUUUAAUUUAAUAACAUUUAUGAUUUUAAAUAAUCAUUUGAGUAUGAGCAAUCAUCUAUUAAUAAGUUUUCUUUUUUCAAAAGUGUUAUAUUUAUGUAAUGCAUUUGGUCAAUUGUAUUUGUUAAACUUUUUUCUUCUCAACGAUUAUGAUAUGUACGGUUUUCGAGUAUUAAAAAAUUUAUUUGUUGGUGAUAAUGAAAAUUGGGCAAUAACGCCACGAUUUCCUAGAGUAACAUGGUGUAAUUUUGCCGUAAGAAAUAUGGCUGAUAAUAUUCAUGAAUAUACUGUUCAAUGUUCAUUACCAAUUAAUUUAUUUAAUGAAAAAAUUUUUUUAAUUAUUUGGUUUUGGUUAUAUUUUACAACAUUGUGUACAUUAUUCGGUUUUCUCUAUUGGAUUUGUUCAUUAUUCUAUCCAAAAUUAUAUGAAAAUCAUUUAUUAAGAUAUUUAAGAUCAAUGAAACGUAUUCAUUUACAUCAUGCUCACAUGUAUUCAAAUGGACACAGUGUAAUUGGUCAUUCUAAUAAUCAUUUUUCAAAAACUCUCACAUCAAAUAUUGAUUUAGAACGAAUAUGGAACAUGAAAGUAUCAACUAAUUUAAAAACAAAAAUAAUUUCAAACGAUGAUCAAAGAUCAUCGACAACUGCAUUGACUCACACUGAUGAAAUAUUAUUUACCGAUUUUACAAUGAAAUAUUUGGGACGAGAUGGUAUUCUAGUAUUAUAUAUUAUUAAUAAGAAUUCAAAUGAGGUAAUAACGGGUGAAUUAGUUUCGGUACUUUGGGAUCUCUAUAGAGCACGUAAUCGAUAG